AUUAUGCUCAAAGUUUUGCUAGUAUUUAGUUUUUCCUCUCUUGGAUACGCAGCGUGUCCACCUGGAGUGAAAGGAGAAAUGUGCAAUGUUUGCAUGGAUAAUAAUUAUAGUCCUUCUGGCAGUGGGACUUACUGCCUGCCCUGUGAUUGUAACGACAAUCAUGAUAAAUACUACCUUGGAUCUAUGUGUAACAACGUAACUGGUGUUUGCAAUCAAUGUGUUCACCACACUAAGGGUCGAAAUUGUGAAAUAUGUGAUGACGAUUUUUAUGGCGAUGCAAAGCUGAAAACAUGCAGACAUUGUCAAUGCCAUAGUUGUGGUCGAGAAGGGUGCAACGCUGAAACUGGAGAUUGUUACUGCAAGAAGAACGUCAAAGGCAAACACUGUACAGAAUGUGAAGCUGGGCAUUUCGGUUUUCGGAGCUGUGAAGGAUGCAAGCCAUGCGACUGUUCAACUGUAGGCUCUUGGUGCAACGAUUGCCAUCCUGAAACUGGAGAUUGCAAAUGCAAACCGGGUGUUACCGGACGUAAAUGCGAUCAAUGCUUGCCAAAUUUCUGGGAUUUUUCCGACAAUGGAUGCAAGUCAUGCAAUUGCCCGAAUCAGAAGCCAUGCGAUUCUUUUACGGGUGAAUGUUUGGCGUGCGGUGAACGGGAGAAAGAAACGGCUUGUGGUUGUGUGGGCUGUGGUUCGUGCGUUGAAAGUCUGAUUGAUUUGGCCGAGUUAAGCAUACUUGUUUCAAUCAGAAACUCACUGUCAAGUCUCAACGAAACAGCAUUGAGUGCUUCAAUUUCGAGAGCACUUCAGAAAUAUUACAUCACGUUCUCGGAAUUAGAGGAAAGUGUAAACAUCAUAUUGGAUGCUCAACAAAGUAUAAACGCUGGUGACAAUAACGUCGGCUUGUCCCAAGAGCUGGAAAAAAUCUCUCGAGAAGUUAGCUUAACUUUAAACACUGCUCAAUGGCGAAAUGGACAGGCAGCGUCGUUGCUGGAGCCGAUAUUCAAUCUGCUAAAACUGACCGAGGAGAGCAAAGACUUCGUGAAGUACAAUUUGACUAUUGAAUUUGAAUUGAUAAAGAAGGAUUUGAUUGACCUGCAGAAAAGAGGACAGAAGGAACAGACUGAUCUGAUCCGACAGCUUUCGCUAGAGUUGUCCAACAAACUUGCUUCAACAGGAGGCGCCAACGAUACUCUUGAUGAUGUCAUGAAGCAAGCAAAUGCCACUCAAAAACGAGUCGAUAUUAUCUACAACAAAGUUGUGAACCAGUUGAGACCUGUUGUGGAAAUCGAGAAAAAAGGCGAUGCUCUUAAGACGGAAAGUGGAAGCCUCCUUAACGAUUUAGUUAAACUUCGGCGACUUGGCUUGGAAGCGAAUGAUUCUGCCGCCAGAACAUACCAAAGUCUUAACUUUGUGCUGGCCACGAAAAAUAAACAAUACGAACGAGAUGUCCCUGACGCGGAGCGACUUUUCAAGCAAAUCGCUCUGAGGAUCGAUCAAGCUAAACACGAUGCAGAAGUGAUAGGGAACAUAACAAAGGAAAUUGCUCAGUUGAAUAUACUGGGAAAGGAGUCUGCUUUUGAACUGCAGGGAAAUAAGUCGCAGUUUGGGGGCUGGGUGGCGCAGCUGAAGAUAAAUGUCGCCAAUGUGACUAAACAGGUCGAGCUGGCUAACAAAACAAUCAAUAGUAUUCUGAGGGAUAUCAACGCUAACUUAACCUUUGGAAAUGUCAGCGCAAUGGCUCAGGACAUAGAGACAUUUUUCAUGCUCAAGGACGAACUAUUCCUAAGUGUCGAAUACGCGCACACAAACACCUCCGAAGCGAACCAAAUCGCGGACAAACUUUUGCAACUUAGUGCGACUUUUGCUGCAUAG